AGCCAUACCCGGGCUUGGCUUCAACAGUGAAACCAUGAGUGAAACCGACCGCUUGCCUUGCUGUCGAGUGAUUCGACCGUGUUUCUGGUCUGGACCAGCAGUGCGCUGACUCGGCUGUCCUUAGUAGUACGCAUCUUAUGUUUCUGCUUCAUUCGGAGAGAUAGUAGGGGGAUAGAUCACGCUUUCUCAUUGUGCAUGCCAGGAGAAGAGGAUACAAUCACCGGUCAACGGCAGAUUCUUAGAAAUAAAGACAUUUUCCUAAUGGUAUCAUACACUAAUCAAACGGAGACAUGUGGAAUUGUAUGGGGAUUUCGAAGUGUCUGUCAAUAGUGUGUCUUCUGAUGGUGUGGACUGAGGUGUCCCAGUCUUCGGGCUCUUUUGAGCUGCAGUUGAUUGCUGUACAGAACGCUAACGGUCAGUUGUCGGACGGGGACUGCUGCGACGGAGAAAGGAACGCGCAGGAUCUCCACUGUAGCAGGGAUGAGUGUGAUACGUACUUCAGAGUGUGUCUAAAGGAAUACCAAACGGAGGUCACGACCUCAGGCUUGUGCAUCUAUGGAACUGGAUCUACUAACGUUAUCGGUGGGAAUACUUUUCAAUUUAAGAGCACCAAAAACAACCAAAACCGAAUCAACGACGGUGGAAAGAUUGUCAUCCCAUUCCAGUUCGCUUGGCCGCGGGCGUACACUCUGAUUGUGGAAGCGUGGGACUGGGACAAUGGUACACACAGCAACAGUGGUGAGGAUCUGUUAAUUGAGCGGAGUGUCCGUAAAGGAAUGAUCAACCCUGGCGAUGACAGGCAGACUAUCCAGCACAACGGUCCUACAGCCAACUUUGAGUAUAACAUCCGUGUGCGCUGUGACGAGAACUACUAUGGCAACAAGUGCAACAAGCAGUGCCGGCCACGCAAUGAUGACUAUGGCCACUACGUGUGUGACCAGUUUGGGAACAGAGGCUGUUUGGAGGGCUGGAUGGGGCCUUACUGUACAGCUGCUAUCUGCAAGCAGGGCUGUAACCUGCUGCAAGGAUUCUGCAAUGCCCCAGGAGAAUGCAUGUGUAAAUACGGUUGGCAGGGUCCGUUCUGUGACGACUGCUUGCCCUACCCAGGCUGUGUCCAUGGGACCUGCGUCAAGCCCUGGCUGUGCAGCUGUGAGAAGAACUGGGGAGGCCUGCUGUGUGACAAAGAUCUGAACUACUGUGGGACGAACAAGCCGUGUAAGAACGGAGGAACGUGUAUGAACUCAGAGCCAGAUGAAUACAACUGUGCCUGUUCUGACAGCUACUCGGGCAAGAACUGUGAGAUAGUGGAACACUCAUGUGUGUCCAACCCCUGUGCCAACGGGGGCACCUGCCAUGAGAUCCCGUCUGGGUUUGAGUGCCACUGUCCUGCAGGCUGGUCAGGGCCCACCUGCGCUAAAGACAUGGACGAGUGUGCGUCUAACCCCUGUGCUCAGGGUGGGACCUGCAUCGACAUGGAGAACGGAUUUGAGUGCCUCUGCCCCCCACAGUGGGUUGGGAAGACCUGCCAGAUAGAUGUCAACAGCUGCCAUGGACUGUGUCAGAAUGGAGCGACUUGCAAGGAGGGGCGAAGAGGCUACGUGUGUGCCUGCUCACCGGGGUUUGUGGGCCGGCACUGUGAGGUCCAGAGGAACAGCUGUGUCAGCGGCCCGUGUAGAAACGGGGGCAGGUGCCACACCCUGCUGGACGGCUUCAUGUGUGAGUGCCCACAUGGAUACACUGGCACUACCUGUGAGGUGCAGAGUAACCCGUGCAGCCCUAACCCUUGCCAGAACAAGGCCCAGUGCCACCCUAACCCUUGCCAGAACAAGGCCCAGUGCCACAGUCUGAUGGAAGACUUCUACUGUGCCUGUCCUGAUGACUAUGAGGGCAAGACCUGCUCUGAGCUCAAGGACCACUGCAAGACCAAUCCCUGUGAAGUGAUUGACAGCUGUACUGUCGCUGUGGCCACCAACGACACACAGGAAGGGGUGUGGUACAUCUCGUCCAAUGUGUGCGGCCCCCACGGACGCUGCAUCAGUCAACCUGCUGGGAACUUCACCUGUUCCUGUGAACCGGGCUUCACUGGAACAUACUGUCACGAGAAUGUAAACGACUGUGUGUCGUCUCCCUGUAAGAACGGAGGAACUUGCAUCGACGGGAUCAGCUCUUUCCAGUGCUUUUGCCCUGACGGCUGGGAGGGCAUGCUGUGUGUCAUGGAUGUGAAUGAGUGCAGUAGGAACCCCUGUAAGAACGGAGGUCGCUGUGUGGACCUGGUCAAUGACUUCUACUGUCAAUGCCAGGACAACUGGAAGGGCAAGACCUGCCACUCACGUGAGAGCCAGUGUGACUCCAGUACCUGUAGUAAUGGGGGGACGUGCUUUGACCACGGGGACACCUUUCGCUGUACCUGUUUGUCAGGGUGGGGCGGCAGCACCUGCAACACAGGCAAGAACAGCACGUGUGACUCUAACCCAUGUGAGAACAGAGGGACCUGUGUCGGAGGGGGUGAUGCCUACACCUGCAUCUGCAAGGAUGGCUGGGAGGGGCCCACAUGUGCUCAGAAUACUAAUGACUGCAACCCUACCCCCUGCUAUAACAGUGGUGUCUGUGUGGAUGGUGUGAACUGGUUCCGCUGUGAGUGUGCCCCAGGAUUCGCCGGACCAGACUGCCGGAUCAACAUAGAUGAGUGCCAGACGUCUCCCUGUGCCUAUGGUUCUACCUGUGUGGAUGAGAUCAACAGCUUCCGCUGUGUGUGUCCCCUGGGCUGGGCUGGGCCUCGCUGCCAAGAGUUCAUAGGGAUCGGGAAGGCCUGUCGUUACUCCGGCCUGCAGUUCCCUCAUGGCAGUCAAUGGGAGGAGGAGUGUAAUACCUGCCAGUGUGUCAACGGCAGUGUGCGCUGUUCUAAGGUGCAGUGUGGCCGACGGCCCUGUCUGCUCCAUAGAGUUGCUUCCGGUCCAGACAGCAUUGCCCCCUGUCCUAGAGGACAGGAGUGUGUAGAGCACAAAUUCCUCACCUGCUUCGCCCCGCCAUGCCACCAGUGGGGCGUGUGUUCUACCCCUGACCCCCCACCGGCCCUCCACACUCAGUGUGAACCCAACUGUGGUUAUUUGGACAACAGCUGUGCCCGCAUCACACUCAUCUUCAAUAGAGACAAAGUUCCACAGGGUACCAUUGUGGAGAACAUCUGUUUGGAGCUGAGGUACCUUCCCAUCACCCAGACCCUGGCUAAGGAACGUACGCUCCUCAUUCUCUGUGACCUGUCCUACUCCAACAGUGAUGCCGUGGAGGUUGCCAUGUCUUAUGAUCAGGAUGGUCAGGAGCGGGAUGGAAACCGUGAUCAGAUUCAGGAGGCUGCCAGUGCCAUCAUCGGUGCCCUGUCCAAACGACACAACAGCACUGUCAUGCUGGCUGUGGUGGAGGUCAAAGUGGAGACGCAGGUCAUGCCCCAGUCUGUGGACCACCUGGUGCCAGUGCUGUGCGUGGUGUUCAGUAUGCUGUGGAUCUUCUGCAUCGUGGUGUGUGUGUGGUGGACCCGUAAGAGGAAAAAAGAGCGUGAGAGAGAGUCUGCAGUGGAGGACAGCACUGUCAAUAACCUUCUGGAGCCGCUGAGGGUCAUCUUGCCACAGCGCAUAGACAACCUAGACAAAGACAUUCAGUACGAAUGCAAGAAACUCAUGAGCCCUCCAGACCGGACAUGUGACGGGGCUGAGGGAGAGGAGGAGCUGAGGAGGGGAGGGAUGAAGCUAGACAAGUGCUCCACACAAAAGUGCUCAUUGGCAGGAGUGCAGGACAGAGUGAUGUGCAAAGGGGGGGUGAUCUGUACGAUGCGUAGCACCCCUGUGAAAACCCCCCACCGGACAGUGCACAGUCCCAAAGACAACCGGUGUAAAAACCUCAGCGCUGCCAACUUCAGUGAGAAUGUCAAAGAUCAUUAUGUAUGAGCACGGCUAGAGGUGAGACUUCUCAAACUAAAGAUGAUGUCUCUAUGUAAUGGAAAAAGACAAGCACCAAUAGUAAAGAUUUAAGACAUGUUUUGCAUUUCAUUUGACUUUAUUCUCUGUCUGCAACAAGGAGCCUUCUUAUUUACUUAAAACAUUGCAAAUUCACAUUUCAGUAACCAAAAGAGACCUUCAUUUUUUCUUUUCUUUCUUUGGUUUACAAAUUGUUGAUUCUUUUAAAGGAGAGACCUUUUUUUCACAUUGUGUCACUGAGAAGAUUGUGUAUCAUGUGACUUUGGCGAGAGCACUGCCAUUGGAGGCAGGCGUUGCACUACUACAUUACUACUAGUGCAUUUAGUCCUUAUCUGCCUUAACCCGCACUGUGGGCAUUUACUUUGUUCUCUUGGUAUAAUAAUGUCAUUUGUAUAAGUAAAAUUAUGUAAAAGGUUAUAUAUAUAUAUAUAUAUAUAUAUAUAUAUAUAUAUAUAUAUAUAUAUAUACACUACCGGUCAAAAGUUUUAGAACAUCUACUCAUUCAAGGGUUUUUCUUUAUUUUACUAUUUUCUACAUUGUAGAAUAAUAGUGAUGACAUCAAAACUAUGAAAUAACACAUAUGGAAUCAUGUAGUAACCAAAAAAAGUGUUAAACAAAUCAAAAUAUAUUUUAUAUUUGAGAUUCUUCAAAUAGCCACCCUUUGCCUUGAUGACAGCUUUGCACACACUUGGCAUUCUCUCAUCCAGCUUCAUGAGGUAGUCACCUGGAAUGCAUUUCAAUUAACAAGUGUGCCUUCUUAAAAGUUAAUUUGUGGAAUUGAAUGUGUUUGAGGCAAUCAGUUGUGUUGUGACAAGGUAGGGGUGGUAUACAUAAGAUAGCCCUAUUUGGUGAAAGACAAAGUCCAUAUUAUGGCAAGAACAGCUCAAAUAAGCAAAGAGAAACGGCAGUCCAUCAUUACUUUCAGACAUGAAGGUCAGUCAACACGGAACAUUUCAAGAACUUUGAAAGUUUCUUCAAGUGCAUUCGCAAAAAACAUCAAGCGCUAUGAUGAAACUGGCUCUCAUGAGGACCGCCACAGGAAUGGAAGACCCAGAGUUACCUCUGCUGCAGAGGAUAAGUUCAUUAGAGUUACCAGCCUCAGGAAUUGCAGCCCAAAUAAAUGCUUCACAGAGUUCGAGUAACAGACACAUCUCAACAUCAACUGUUCAGAGGAGACUGUGAAUCAGGCCUUCAUGGCUGAAUUGCUGCAAAGAAACAACUACUAAAUGACACCGAUAAGAAGAAGAUACUUGCUUGGGCCAAGAAACACGAGCAAUGGACAUUAGACCGGUGGAAAUUUGUCCUUUGGUCUGGAGUCCAAAUUGGAGAUUUUUGAUUCCAACCGUCUUGUCUUUGUGAGACUCGAUGUGGGUGAACGGAUGAUAUCCGCAUGUGUAUUUCCCACCAUAAAGCAUGGAGGAGGAGGUGUCGUGGUGUGUGGGUGCUUUGCUUGACACUGUCUGUGAUUUCUUUAGAAUUCAAGGCACACUUUACCAACAUAGCUACCACAGCAUUCUGCAGCGAAACGCCAUCCCAUCUGGUUAGGCCUUAAACACACUAUCAUGUGUUUUUCAACAGGACAAUGACCCAACACAAUUCCAGGCUGUGUACGGGCUAUUUGACCAGAAGGAGAGCGAUGGAGUGCUGCAUCAGAUGACCUCAAACAAAUUGAGAUGGUUUGUGAUGAGUCGGACCGCAGAGUGAAGGAAAAGCAGCCAACAAGUGCUCAGCAUAUGUGGGAACUUCUACUUCAAGACAGUUGGAAAAGCAUUCCAGGUGAAGCUGGUUGAGAGAAUGCCAAGAGUUUGCAACACUGUCAUCAAGGCAAAGGGUGGCUAUUUGAAGAAUCUCAAAUAUAUUUUUGAUUUCUUUAACACUUUUUUGGUUACUAUAUGAUUCCAUAUGUGUUGUUUCAUAUUUUGAUGAUAACAAAAAACUCUUGAAUGAGUAGGUGUUGUAAAUAUUUUGACUGGUAGUGCAUAUAUAUAUAUAUAUAUAUAAGACCUUUGGAAAACUAUAAGCAGUAUAACACCUGACAUCAGCAUUAGUUUAGAAACAUAAACAUAUUUUCCAUGACAUGUCAAUGCUUCUAAAGACCUUGUGUAUAUCCCUAUAACAUGCCUUUUGCUCUAUCACUUCCUGCAGGGCUAUGCUUUAUUAUUUCACUAUUUGCUUUGGUAGAAAGUUCCUUCAGCCAUUCUUUUAUUAUUUCAUCUCAUUCAAAGAAUUGAUCCAGAACUUAACAAUUCAUAUAAAGGGAAAAGAUGUCCUUUCACAACUCUUCAUAUUACCAUAAAAGUGUUUCUUUGAACAAUGUAUAUAUGUAAAUAUAAACAUGUCUGUGAAUAUUUGAAUUUAGUAACUUAAGUAAUCCUUUUUAUUAUAGUUAUUCUAAAGAAUAAGGUUGUUUAUGUUUUGUUUGUUUUUUGUUAUGUCAUUCCGUUUUAUUAGUGUCUGUUGACACAGGCCAGGUUUUAUACAGAUUUAUGGACAAUAUCCAGGGUCCCACAUAAUCACAAAAGCAUUGACAGAAACACAUUAUUCUAAGUGCUUGUAUGUUUUGCUUUCUGAUUUGAUUAUGUUCCAACACUUAAAAUUGUCAGUAAGCACAGAUGUUAGUUCUAGUUCUAGGCUUGUCCUUGUCUGCUGCUUAAGUCAAAGCUAUCGAUUGGGAGUUUCCCUUGUGAAUGCUGGCUCACCGUCUCCCAUUAGCUAUGCUACUGUAUGUGAAUGUUAGAAUGUCCUAUUAUAAUGCAGGGGUCAGAGGAGGCUGGUGGGAGGAGCUAUAGGAGGACGGGCUCAUUGUAAUGGCUGGAUUGGAAUUAAUGGAACGGUAUCAAACAUAUGGAAACCAUGUUUGACUCGGUCCCAUUAUUCCAUUCGAGCCAUUACAAUGACCCCGUCCUCCUAUAGCUCAUCCCACCAGCCUCCUCUGGCAUCGGGUGUACCAGUGAAUGGAUGGUUUGUGUUGAUCUGAUACAGAAGCAGUGCUAGCGUGCUCUUAAUCAUCGUGAUUUGGGUCAGAAUCAGGAGUACCUACAAUUAAAUAUCAAGGCCAUUAAAUUCAUGAUCAGAGCAAUCCAGUGGUUUAAUCUUUGUCUGGGCAGGAUCACUCAGUUACCCAGCCCUACAGUGGUGCAUUGGGUUUCUGCUUUCAAUACUGGUCUAAUGAAGGGAACAAGUUUUAUUAUUGUUGUUGUGGUUGUUGUCCAGUGUUUGUAUUGUAUUCUGCUUCUGCACUAAGAAAGAGGAUGUUAAUCUGUUUUGAGCAUUGCCUCAGUGGUGGUAGUGAAAAUUAUUUUUGUUGUUCUUUACAGUUUAAUAUUGUAAUUCUCUGACAAGAAUUGUGUUUUCUAUUUCUUGAUGAUGAAAAAAGAAAAUAAUUCAAAUCAUUACCCAUAUCCAGUCAGCAGAAUCCCACUAGCCCCAGAGAAUCGGCUGAAUGUGCAGACCAUUGUAAUUAUUUUGUACAAAAGAGCAGUUGCGUCUUGGUUUGUUAGUGGAAUCUUUGUUUGUUUUUAGAACAAUCCAAUUAUUUAUUAAAGUAUUUUAUACCAAUAUCUUUGUUUUGUACUGUUUAUAGCAUUGGAAUUUGAACUUCUGUUUCAGUUUUUCAAUUUUAUCACCAUUAGCUUGUCACGGAUUCCUCCGGAACAAUCAUUACGCACGCACACCUGUCCCCUAUUCCCACUGAUUAGUAUUUGUAUAUAUGUGCCCUUUGGUUUCCAUUGGGCUGUCGAUUAUUGUUACAAUGUCCAUUGGUGCGUGUGAGAACCUGUGCUGUGUGUUUUGGGCUUUGUGUUAAUCAUUGUGCACGUGUUAUUUAUUCGAGGUACUCCUCGCUCUUUUUUGGGGGUUUCAACCCUUUGUUUUGUGUAUGUGUUUGUUUGGUCUUCGUCCCCGUGCCUUUACACGGCAUGCCGUCAUUUUGGGUGUAAUAAAAACUCUAUUAUGCAUUCCUG